GGUCGCUUGACACGGGAAUAAUGACACGCCGCGCAUGAUGUGAACUUUGAAGCCGGUCGAAAUGUAUACGGAAACCCCCGUCGAAAAUUCACAACUAUAAAUUCAUUAAUUAGUCGAUUGAAGUAAAUGUGUCGCAUAAUCUCCCAAAUUAAUGAGACUACUGUGUAAAAUUAAUUGUUGGUGGUACUUGCCAUUGAGAAUUAAACGCGAGUACUAGCAGUCAGUACAUUUGGCCAGCUGGACGUAUAACAUUCUCGGUUGCGCACCGAGAAUCUAUCGUGUCAACGCGAGGUUUAACCUCGUUCCCUGCAUUCACGUUAAUGAUAUAAAUUAAUCGGUGCUUUUCGUGUUAUUUAAUUACCCGUGAUAGUUCAAUCUUUCCCCUAUUUCACCAGGAUUCGAGAAAUUUUAAAUAUUGGAAGCUCGAGAGCACGCUGUAUACCGCAGUGAAGUGGUUGGCGUCUUCCAUCGCGAAUUUCUGUGACUAGCUGUGCAAAGAAAAAUUUCAAACCAUGCCAACGAGAAGUGGAGCCAAUGUACAUUUGGUACUACCGCCUCAUUAUCUUCAUGAAUUACCAGCACAGGCUGAGGAGAGACUUUCCAAGAUUUUUCAACAAUUGGACAUUGAUGGAAACGGAAGGAUCGAUGUGCAUGAUCUGGCACAAGCUCUCCACCAAGUUGGCGUUCAUAAACGAUACGCCGAGAAAUUCCUGCAAGAGUCUGACAGCACCAAAAGCGGUGACAUAAGUCUAGCUGAAUUCAUUCACUACGUUAUAGAGCAUGAAAAAAAACUUCGUCUACAGUUCACGCAUCUCGACAAAAAUAAAGAUGGUAAAAUUGAUCUGGAGGAGUUGAUAAGUUCCUUCAAUAAGGAUCUGGGAAUAAAAAUGGACAGAGCUGAAGCAACAAAAUUACUGCAAAGGAUGGAUCGAGAUGGGAGCUUAAGUAUAAGUUUCAAUGAAUGGCGAGAUUUUCUGCUCUAUGCACCAAGCGAUGACAUUCAUGCACUCAUCACAUAUUGGCGACACUCUACGUACAUGGACAUUGGGGAGGAUAUGGGCGUUCCCGAUGACUUCACAAACAGUGAAAUGAUCUCAGGAAUGUGGUGGAGACACUUACUAGCUGGUGGAAUUGCCGGCGCUGUUUCACGUACCUGCACAGCCCCCUUAGACCGAAUAAAAGUGUAUCUCCAGGUGCACGGAACAAGGCACUGCAAUAUUACGAGUUGCUUCAAGUACAUGUUAAAGGAGGGUGGUAUACAUAGUUUAUGGCGAGGAAAUGGAAUUAACGUACUUAAAAUUGGACCCGAAACAGCUCUCAAGUUUGCAGCGUAUGAGCAGAUUAAGAGAUUUAUCAAGGGAAAUGAUUCGAGGGAAUUGGGCAUUGAUGAGAGGUUUAUUGCUGGAUCUGCUGCUGGGGGUAUUAGUCAAUCUGCUAUUUAUCCAUUAGAGGUCUUGAAAACAAGACUUGCGUUAAGAAAAACAGGUGAAUUCAACAGUAUCAUAGACGCAGCCCAAAAGAUAUAUGCUCAGGGUGGCUUAAAAAGUUUCUACCGAGGAUAUAUACCUAAUCUCAUUGGCAUCCUCCCCUACGCUGGCAUUGAUUUAGCUGUGUAUGAGACAUUAAAAAACAGGUAUUUACGAUCACACAGUAAGAAUGAACAACCAGCGUUUUGGGUUCUGCUUCUGUGUGGCACUGCCUCGAGUACAGCAGGACAAGUGUGUUCUUACCCACUCGCUCUAGUCAGAACGAGAUUGCAGGCUGAAGUAUCUAGUACAAAUUCAAGAACUAUGAUCGGGGUCUUCCAAGAUAUUUUACAGACAGAAGGUUUUCGUGGAUUGUAUCGAGGUCUAACACCUAAUUUCCUGAAGGUUGCCCCAGCAGUAUCAAUAAGCUACGUGGUCUAUGAACACUUCAGACAAGCUCUAGGCGUCAACAUGACGUGAUGAAAACCUCUGCUAGGAAUUAUUAAUUUUUCAAUUAAAUUAUUAUCAGCUGUAAGAUAUUGAAUGAAUGGAAGUGAAUAUGAUCAGAAAAGUGGCGGAUCAAGUGCCAACCAAAGGAACAGAGCCUUUUUGCUCUGAUUACGAACUUGCCUCGUUGAUCCUAAAACUCGCUCUUCUAACGAUUUGACAAUUCAAAUGAAGUGAACCUUCACGUGCAAUUUAUGCUCAAAAAAUCGUUUCCAUUACUGUAACAUUUUAGUUGUGGAUCGGAAAAUCGUGUGGCCUAUGCGAGUAUUAUAUUUGAGAUUAGGGCAUGUGUCUCAGUGUACACGUUUGUAUUGAGUUUAAAAACAUUUUAAAUUAUGAGAACAUUAAAAACUGUAAUUGGAAGUAAAGAAAAUAGUUAAACUCAGUGCAGACGUUUUCAAGUCACUGAAAUAAAUUAAAUUUCCUGAAAAAUACAAAAGAAAGUAAACUCGUAGAACUGUUUGGAUUUUAAUCGAUCAUUGGUAUUGAAUUGAUCAAUGGCAUUCAAUCGGUAUGACUGAAGUUAUACUUACACUGUGAUAAGUAUGCUUGUAAGGAUUUGGAAAAUAAUUUAAAGAAGUAAAAGAUACAAUGCUCGAUAUUGAGUGUGUUCUUUCGAAUCUUUUCAGCUAGUUAGUAAUUAAAAUUCAAAGAAAAACAGCCUCCAUAAGGAAAAAUAAUAACAAUGCAAAAUAAAAUCUUUAGUAAGGUGGUAAGAAAUAACAGGUUGAAUUCCACAUUCUAGUUAACUGAGCAUUCACCUCGACAACGAGGGAUUUUCGGAAGGACUGUAGAGAGACAUUUUUGUUGCUAGAUAUAUUUCCACCCAAAAACGUACUCUGACAUUUUUCUCUAAAACCCUUCAGUAUCGACUUAAUUCUAUUAUUAGAAAAAUGUGAAAUAUUGACUCUUGAAAUUUCAUUUCAAUUUCAAUUUACUCCUGCAAUCAUUUUCCGAAUCAUAGGAUAUUCAAUAAAAAAUUACAUGCUUCGUUGCAUUAAUCGUUUUUGAGAAAAAAAAGUGCAUCUAAAGUAUCAUUCCCAGCGUGAAUAAUAUCACGCGUGAUGUCAUAUUACCAGAAGAGUCUCUGAAACCAUAUUUUUUCAAAAGAACUGAGAGAGAAAUUUUAGAGUCUCUUUUUGCUUUUGCCUUAAUUCAUAAUUACAAUUUUUUCAUUCAAGAAUUAAGAUCCAAUUAGGAUUGAGAUGCUUUUACAAUUGAUACAGAUUUUUUUAGGAAUGAAAGAACUGUAUGGGACUGACGGUACAUGACUUUAAAAACGAGCAAUCGUAAUCAGUAAUUUUUUUUUCUUUUUUAGUUGAAUCUUUUUUAUAGCUUCACCAUGUAUAUACUAUGUAUAGCUUUUCUGUAAGAAUAAACAUUAUUUAUUGACGACCAUUGUCUUGGAAAGAGUGUGAAAAAAGAACCCAGUCCCUAAACAGUAGGAGAAAUUUUUAAUUUAAGAGAUUUUCCAUGUUGAAAAUAAUUGUUACAAUUUCCUUCAGAGGAUUUUUUAUUGUCUCUAUGUAUAUUGGAAUCCUCCAUUCAUCUACUCAUAAUUGACUCAAUUGUAUCACCAAAGACUACAACAUUAUUGGAUCAAAAAUAGAAAUAUCUACUAUUGCUUCUUACAACAGCCUACGACGAUGCAUGGCUCUCGUUUCCAAUAUCAAAAUAUUCAACAGACAUGUGCAACUUUAUGGCAAAUCAAAGCUUGUAAAAACGAACUGAUAAAAAAAUCGAAAAAAAUUAUGUAAUUGUACUCUUAUGCACUACAGCAAAAUCUCUUGGACAUCGAACUGUUCAUAUUUUCGAUCGAAAAUAUAUUUAAAAUAUCAUAGAUAA